AGAGAGAGAGAGAGAGAAGCUGGGUCCCCUCCAAACGCCACCGUCGACGGCUCGUUCUUCACCUUCACCGGCUUCGGCUUCCUGGUCAACGGGACCCAGCUCCCGGCCGACAAGUUCAAAGUCGUCAAGGCCACCAUGGCCGAGUUCCCUGCCCUCAGCGGCCAGAGCGUCUCCUACGCCACGCUCCUCUUCCCCAACGGGACCGCCAGCCCUCCCCACACACACCCACGCGCCGUCGAGCUCCUUUUCAUCGUCGACGGCGAGCUCCAGGUCGGGUUCGUCGACACCGCCGGCAAGCUCUACACCCAGGCCCUCCACGUCGGCGACAUGUUCGUCUUCCCCAAGGGGCUCGUCCACUUCCAGUACAACGCCGGGGCGGGCUACGCCAUCGCGCUGUCGGCUUUCGGGAGUGCCAGCGCCGGCACCGUGUCGCUUCCCGGCACGCUGUUCGCCGUCUUGCAAUUAACUACUAGAGAGAGAGAGAAGCUGGGGAUUUUUAUUCCUUUGUCGUUUCCCCCAAAUGCAACGAGAGAGAGAGAGAGAGAGAGAGAGAGAGAGAGAGAGAGAGAGAGAGAGAGAGAGAUUUUCUGGUCGGAAAUUUUUUUCCGGCGAACAUCGUCGCCGGAGAAGAAUUUCCCGGCGACAGUGCUAAUUUUGUGA